AUAUAAAAGUAAAAAAUGAGUAAUAAAUUACUACGAUCUCGUCUUUACGACGUAGUGCGAAGGUUGAACAGAUUAACAUUGGAAUUACCAAAAGAAAAGGUUCAAAAAGUGCAGGCGAAUAUCUACUCUACGAAUUUUGCCAUACGUCACGCAAGUACCGUAACAAUGAGUAGCAAACAGUUGUAUAGUAACGUGUGGGAAGUGGACCCUGAGCUAUUUGAGAUCAUGAAAAAGGAAAAGGACCGACAGCGGGCGGGCCUGGAGAUGAUUGCUUCGGAGAACUUCACAUCAUUGCCUGUACUGCAAUGCCUCAGCUCUUGUCUUCAUAAUAAGUAUUCUGAAGGCAUGCCACAUCAGAGAUACUAUGGAGGCAAUGAAUUCAUAGAUGAAAUUGAAAUACUGGCUCAGAAGAGAUCCUUGGAAGCCUUUAGAUUGAAGGCAGACGAAUGGGGGGUUAAUGUUCAACCAUAUUCAGGUUCUCCUGCGAACUUCGCGGUAUACACUGGCGUGGUAGAACCCCACGGUAGGAUCAUGGGCCUGGACUUACCCGACGGUGGUCAUCUGACUCACGGCUUCUUCACGCCCACCAAGAAAAUAUCUGCCACUUCCAUCUUCUUCGAAAGUAUGCCUUACAAGGUGGACCCAAAAACAGGGCUAAUAGACUACGACAAAUUAGCAGAGACAGCUCGCUUAUUCAAACCGAAAUUGAUCAUCGCCGGCAUCAGUUGUUACUCGCGAUGUCUGGACUACAAACGCUUCAGGGCAAUCGCAGAUGACGUCGGUGCUUACCUCAUGGCUGACAUGGCACAUAUUUCUGGACUUGUAACUGCCGGAGUAAUCCCAAGUCCGUUCGAGUACUGCGAUAUAGUAACGACAACUACUCACAAAACGCUCCGUGGACCGCGUGCUGGCGUCAUCUUCUUCCGUAAAGGCGUCCGUUCUGUUAAGCCCAAUGGGGACAAGGUCCUGUACGACUUCGAGAGCCGCAUCAACAUGGCGGUGUUUCCCGGGUUGCAGGGUGGCCCGCACAAUAACGCCAUCGCAGCUAUCGCCACUACCAUGAAGCAAGCCACUAGCGCCGAGUUCGUUGAAUAUCAGAAACAGGUUAUAAAGAACGCCCAACGUCUAUGCCAGGGACUGAAGUCUCGUGGUUUUGACAUUGCUACUGGCGGUACGGACGUGCACCUAGCGCUAGUGGAUAUGCGCAGUAAAGGCCUAACAGGUGCGCGUACAGAGCGCAUCUUGGAACUCUGCAGCAUUGCUUGCAAUAAGAACACCGUACCUGGCGACAAGAGCGCUCUUAACCCUAGCGGUAUUAGGCUUGGUACCCCCGCCUUGACUACAAGAGGUUUAAAAGAAGCUGACAUUGAUGAAGUCGUCAACUACAUCGACAAAGUUGUUCAACUUGCGCAAGAGAUCAGCAAGGUCUCCGGACCGAAACUGCCUGAUUUUAACAAGAUCAUAGAAGAAAACGCUGAUUUCAAAAAUAAGAUAGCCACACUCAAGAAUGAAAUUGAAAACUACAGCAGGAAAUUCCCUAUACCAGGCCUCGAAACAUACUAACUACAUAAACGCAUUUAAUUUUUGCAGUCUGCCAUAUUGAGUCUAAUUAAAUCAAAUAUAUUGUCUAAAAAUUAUAAGUCAUUCCACGAGUUCCUGACAUGUUACUAAUUGUAAGAUUUAAGUGCCUUUCUAUUGUAUUAUUAAAAACGAUAAUAUUUUAUGAGGGUCUGUAAUAUUUGUCUAAGUUUUUGAAUAUAUUUUUUACCCGUC